CCCGUGGCGAGAAGCGCAGGUCCAGUGAGUGAACUUGGAAGUUGAGAAACCACGGGGGAUUGAAUCUUGCAUUUUUCAUAGGCUACUGGUUGUGAUUUUUUAGCUAGUCCCGUAUGGGGUGUUUGUUUCCUUCUAAGGUUAGCUUGACUGAUUGACGCUGUUUCGAUAGUCCCAAAUUAUUUCACCCUUCGCUUCUGUAUUUGAUCGAAAUCCAACGAUGCCAGGUUAAGUGAAACUAAGAUAUUCUUAUUAUUGGACGUGGAGGACAUGUCCAGAUCAUAGCUUCCGUGUUUUUUAUGGACUUUGUAAGCUAAUGGAAAUGAUGGCCUGCUGUUAGUCAUUGAAGCACUGGCACAUAAUAAUUGAAACGGCUGCAGAUUAAUUUGUAUCGCCAUGUCGGAGCGAACCCCACUGCUUCAUUACCGGCUCUCCACCAGUGUGAAUGAGUCGGAACACCAACCCAGCCCUGCCGGGGUAACGGCGGCGCAAUCCCCGGUCGUAUCCCGGCGUAACACUAAAAACAACCAGCCGCAGAAACUCUCUACCUUCUUUGGUGUCGUUAUACCUACACUCCUUUCCAUGUUCAGUGUCGUGGUCUUCCUGAGAAUUGGGUUCGUGGUGGGCCAGGCUGGGCUGUACCAGGCCAUUGCUAUGUUCUUGGUGGCGUAUUUCAUCAUUAGCAUGACGGUGCUGUCUGUGUGUGCCAUCUCCACCAAUGGAGCGCUGGACGCUGGUGGAGCCUACUACAUGAUCAGCCGGGCCCUGGGCCCUGAGUUCGGGGGAAGCAUCGGGAUCAUGUUCUUCUUCGCCAACGUGUGCGGGAGCGCCCUCUACGUGCUGGGGCUGGUGGAGGCUGUCGUUGCCACCUUCGGCAUUCCACCAGACAAGGGAGCACUACUGACUGCCAGUCAGGUCCUGCCCCAGGGGUACUGGUGGUCCUUGCUCUAUGGGACAGUGUGCCUGCUGCUGUGCCUACUGGUGUGCCUGGUGGGGGCACACAUCUACGCCAAGGCCACCUUCAUCAUCUUCCUCAUCGUCAUGGCGGUGCUGGGCACCAUCUUUAUCAGCUUCUUUGUGGUCAGCCCCAGGGUGGUGCCCCUCCGCACCCCCUCGUCCAACAGCUCCAGCCCCGUCAGCGCCAACUUCACCGGCUUCAGCCUGGAGACGCUGUUGGCCAACCUGGACCACGGGUACACGGUAGACUACACCACAGACAUCCACAUGACCUUUGCCACGGUGUUUGCUGUUAUGUUCAACGGCUGCACCGGGAUCAUGGCUGGAUCCAACAUGUCCGGAGAUCUGAAAAGCCCCAGUUACGCCAUCCCUCGCGGGACCAUCACCGCCGUCAUCUUCACCUUCAUCAUCUACAACCUGCUGAGUCUGCUGGUGGCCUGCUCCUGUGACCGUGCCCUGUUGCAGUGGGACUACAGUUUCCUGGGGCACAUUAACGUGUGGAGCCCCCUGGUGACCAUCGGCGUGUACUCCUCCACCCUUUCCGCCGCCAUGAGCAACCUGAUCGGGGCGUCCCGCAUCCUGUACGCCCUGGCCCGAGACGACCUGUUCGGCAAAGCCCUGUCUCCGGCCACGAGGACCUCUCGCAGCGGGAAUCCCUGGGCCUCCGUACUCAUUUCCUGGUUCCUCGUGCAGUUGGUGCUGUUCUCUGGGAAGUUGAACAACAUUGCCAGCAUUGUCACCAUCUUCUUCCUGCUGGUGUAUGCGGCAGUGGACCUGGCCUGCCUGGCCCUGGAGUGGGCCUCUGCUCCCAACUUCAGGCCAACAUUCCGGUACUUCACCUGGCACACCUGUGUGCUGGGGAUUCUGGGAUGCGCGGUGAUGAUGUUCCUGAUCAACGCCAUCUACGCCUCGGCCAGCAUCGCCUUCAUGCUGCUGCUCCUGCUGCUCAUCCACUACCUGUCCCCCACCAGCAGCUGGGGCUACAUCAGCCAGGCCCUCAUCUUCCACCAGGUGCGUAAGUACCUGCUGAUGCUGGACGUGAGGAAGGACCACGUGAAGUUCUGGAGGCCGCAGGUUCUGCUGAUGGUGGCCAACCCCCGCGGCAGCACCAGCCUCAUCACCUUCAUCAACGACAUCAAGAAGAGCGGCCUGUACGUGCUGGGCCACGUGGAGCUGGGAGACCUGGACCUGCUGCCCUCAGACCCUCUGCAGUCACGGUACGACUCGUGGCUGUCGCUGGUCGACCACCUCAACAUCAAGGCCUUCGUCAACCUCACACUGGCCAGCUCCAUCCGCCACGGAGUCCAGCACCUGCUCUUCAUCUCCGGACUCGGUGGGAUGCGACCCAACACCCUGGUCCUGGGUUUCUAUGACGACUGCUCCCCCGAGGACGGGCUCCAGGACCCGUCCGAGGCGCCGGGCGACCCCGCGGACGCCCCGGGCUCCCUGCAGGACCCCGAGGCCACGCUCUCCUUCGCCUUCCCCUCGCUGCGGGGCGGGGAGCGGACGGGCGCCAGCGGGGCCAAGGCCCUGGGCCCUCAGGAGUACGUGGCGGUGAUCGCGGACGCGGUGAAGAUGCUGAAGAACGUGGCGCUGGCGCGCUACUUCUCAGGCUUCGACCGGGCGGAGGUGCUGGGGCAGCGGGGCGGGGCGGGGCCGUUCGUGGACGUGUGGCCGCUGAACCUCCUGCGGCCCGACAGCAGCAGCUACGUGGACACCUGCAGCCUCUUCCUGCUGCAGCUGGCCUGCGUGCUCAACAUGGUGCGGGCGUGGCGGCGGGCGAGGCUCCGCCUCUUCCUGUGCGUGGAGACGGGCCGCAGCCUGCGGGGCUCCGAGGAGAAGCUGCGGCAGCUGCUGAAGGAGCUGAGGAUCCAGGCGGAGAUCCGCACCGUGCCCUGGGACCAGGUGGCCACGCUGCACUGGCAGAGGCAGGGCGAGGGCGGCAAGGCCGACGACCGGCUGAACGUGGAAGACCUGAAGGCGGCGGAGGAGGAGGACGACUACGUCAACAGCUUCCCCAGCAACUCCACGCGCCUGUCGGACGACUACGUGCAGGCCGUUAACAGGCUGCUGCGGGAGCAGUCCUGCCCCCCGCCCGCCGUGCGCUUCCUGUACCUGCCCCGCCCCCCGGCCGACACCCGCCGAUACCCCGCCUACCUGCGCCAGCUGGACCUGCUGACCCGAGACCUGGGGCCCACGCUGCUCAUACACGGGGUCACGCCCGUCCUCACGACCGACCUUUAACCUGCACUGACCUCUGACCCGUCCGGCUUUAGCGGCCGGAGAGGUGCGAAGAGGGACAAAAUGGCCGUCUCUGGAGGUAGAGGGGCGGAAGACUCGCUCUGCUCCGUGUCUAAAGGACAGAUGCGCACCUCUUUAUAUUUUAUUGUAAUUUUACUGAUCUGUUUUCUCAUGCAGUUUUUAUGAAAUUAUCCCCCCCAAAAAAAAGCCAAAGUGACAGUAUUUUCUUCCAGCAGGGAGAGUGGAUAUUAUGGUGGUGCUGAGGAGUUCACGCGUGUACACUACACUUCUGUGCAAGACACGCUUGGAUAGGAGCGUCUGUGGGCGUCCUGCUGCUCUGAUCUCUGUUUGUACUUGGAAUGCAGUACACACAAAACAGCACCAGAAAUGUCUUUUAAAAUAUCACAGCACUGUAACAUUUCCAAAACUGUGUUUAUAUCUUAAAACAAAUAAUAAUUGAAUAAACAAUCUUUUUUAAGCAUA